AUGGAGGGGGCAGCGGCCGAUGCAGCAACUGCGGAGGAGCACCACGCCAUCAGCUUCCCGGAGCAGCCCGAGGAGGAGCAUGAGCCGAGCCGGCUGGAGCAGGAGCGCGCCAAGCACAAAGCACGUGCCGAGAAGUUUGGUACAGAGUAUGUGGAGCCCAGCCGGCGGCGUGACCUGCGCCUGGAUGCCCGCAAGGAGCGCUUCACCCGCCCCGGCUUUGCCACAGGCAUCGACCUGUUCACCGAGGAGGAGCGGCAGAAGCGGGAGCAGCGCGCCGCGCGCUUCGGCCUGCCCGAGGGCAGCGGGCUGGAGUGGAAGCCGCCGCAGGUGCGCGCGGCUCGCGGCUGGGGAGGGCCCUGGCUGUGCAGGUGCAACGCCACGGAGCACAGCCUGGAGUGGGUGGCGUGGAGGCGUGCUGAAUUGCCUGCGCUGCUGCGGCGCGUGGAUGCCUGGCAGGUGUCUGAGGACGACGAGAAGCGGCGGCAGCGCGCGGAGCGUUUUGGAGUGGACUACAAGCCCAAGGACGAGACGGGUCUCAUGGACGUCGACCUGUUUGAGUCGAGGCGCGACCCGGGGGUGGCCGCCGCGCGGCGCCCCGAGGCCCUGCACAUCUACGGCGUCGACCUGCUGUCCACGGGCGACAUCCUCAAGUACUUUGCAGACUACGGGCCCAAGUAUGUGGAGUGGAUCAACGACAGCAGCGCCAACGUGCUGUUUGCGGACGCGCCCACCGCCAAGCGCGCGGUGGCGGGCAUGGGCAAGCCGCUGCCGCCGGAGGAUGCGCCGGAGCAGAUGGGCAUCGACCCCUCCGACCCAGCCAGCCUCCAGUUCCUGUGGCACAAGGGGGGGGACUUUGUGAAGGCGGGGACCCCCAUCCCGCUCAUCUUCCGCAUCGCAACGGUGGAGGAUGUGAGGCCCGCAGACAGGGUGCCCUCCCGCCGCCUCUGGCUCACCGCCAGCGGCGGCAGCCGCGGCGGCGGCCAGCAGCAGCCGCGCCACCAGCAGCAGCAGGGCGGCGGCGGCGGGCAGGGCGAGGAGGGGGAGGGUCACCAGCAGCGGGGGCGGGGCCGGCGGAGGUACAAGCCGCGCACCGGCGGCCGCCCCGCGGGCUGGCAGCACGAUGACCGCGGCGAUGGAGAGGGGGGAGAUGUGCACAUGGGGCAGCAGCGCAAGGCGCGGCGGCCGCGCAACAAGUGGCGGCGGCAGGGGGGCGAUGUGGAGAUGGAGGAUGCGGACGCGUAUGAUGGGGAUGGCGGCGGCUACCAGGACGGCGGCGGCACCAUGACGCGCUUCCGUGCCGCCGCCGACGACGAGCGGCCGGCGCUGGCUGCCGCGGCGGCGGCGGCGGCGCCUGCAGGGCCGCCGCGUGAGCAGGUCAGCUACGGCGACCUGUGA